UUGUACUAAUCAACGAAGCUGCGGAGCUUCCUAAAUUAUCUCUUCAAUGGCGGAAUUUCAUCAUCCUUUGAAACUUCUCUUAUGAGGCAGACUCCGUCAGCUUGGAAGUUUCAGAUCAUCCACUUCUUCUUCUUCUGCGUCUCCACAGCGUUAAGCGCUAUUCAGCUUAUCGGCUUGUUGAAUCAGCUCACAGGUGACGAUUGAGAUCAUGCAAACGGGAGGAAAGGAUCAAAAGAUGGAGUGGACGGAAGCGCAGAAGAUUAGAAUAGCUGUGGACCUCGUGGCUGCAGCCAAACAGCACCUCCUGUUCCUCGCCGCAGUUGAUCGGAACCAUCACCUCUACGAUGGUCCUGCUCUUCAAAGAGCCAUUUACAGAUACAAUGCUUUCUGGCUUCCUUUGCUUGCUAAACACUCCGAGUCUCCUGUCACUGAAGGGCCUCUGGUUGUUCCUCUUGAUUGCGAGUGGGUUUGGCACUGUCACCGCCUCAACCCGGUUCAAUACAAGAACGAUUGCGAGAAACUCUAUGGCGGGAUUCUUGACAACUCGAAUGUCGUGUCUUCUAUUAGAGGCACUUGUAAGUCGGAAACAGAAGAAAUUUGGAGUAGACUGUACCCAGAAGAGCCCUAUGAGGUAGAGUUGACUGCAGCACCAGCACUCACUGAAGAUAUCUCUGAAAAAAUGUCAAGACUUGGAAAGUGCACCGCAUAUGAUUUAGUAUCAGCUGUUAAAAGGCAGAGCCCUUUCUUCUAUCAGGUAUCUAGGCCUCAUAUGAGCCAUGACGUCUUCCUUGAAGAGGCUGUGGCCAGAUAUAGAGGAUUUCUGCAUCUUAUUAGAAGAAACAGGGAGAAGUCCAUUAAACGGUUUUGUGUUCCUACAUAUGACAUUGAUCUCAUAUGGCACACUCAUCAGUUGCAUCCUGCUUCCUACUGUGCUGAUGUGACCGAACUACUUGGGAAAGUAUUAGAACACGAUGACAUGGACUCUGACAGAUCUAAAGGGAAAAAAUUGGACACGGGAUUUUCUGGAACUACAUCUCAGUGGCAAGAAACAUUUGGUACAAGGUAUUGGAAGGCUGGUGCUAUGUACCGAGGAACUGCCCCAUCUCCCGUCACAGUAACCCGUUUCUCAUCUCAUUUGAAGAGUAAGGAGGUGCUGCCAUCGGAGGCUGACAAACUAAUUCGGAUUCCAGAUGUAAAGACUGUGGAGGUCCUUCUGGAGUUUGUUGGAGUUCGGGACUUGCCGGAGGACCAUAAGGGGAACUUGUAUGUCUCAUUCAGUAAAUCUCAGCCUGACGCACUUUUCGAUGUGAAGAGAAAACUGAAUAUUUUUUCUGAGUCCGGGGAAGAAAUGGUGGCAUCAUUCCACUGUGAACCUAAGGGAGAGCUGCUGUUUGAGCUAGUGUCUUAUUUUCCUUUCAACUUACCCCUUUCAAGAACAAAGGUUCUGGGUUCUGCCUCACUCUCUCUCCAGGAUUAUCUGGACCCUGUUUCAAAACUUUCCGACCAAAAGUGGUUGGAGUUAGCACCUCAUUCUGGCCAUGGGAACUCAAAACCAAUAGGCUUGCUCGUUGCUGUUUCAUUUUCUGUGCCAACCCCUGCACCAUAUGUGCUUCAUAUGGUUCAGUCACGGCCUUUCCCGAGAAGGUCUUGCCUCUUCCCACUUCCUCAGAGAGUUCAACAGGCCAAAAGCUGCACUCGCAUCAUCAACGACUCUGGGAUUGAGGUCUUUACACUCCGAAUGAGGAGCUUGAAGAUGAACAAGCAAAAAGAAAACUCCAACCCUAACAAGGAGGUGAUUGCUGUCACAAAAGUUGGUGAGGAACAUAAGCUCGCGGAGUUUCUGGGCAAUAGAUGGUCUUUCCUAAAUUCUCAGUUGUCUCUUCAGAUCCAGAAGAAUUCCUGUGAGGAGGACUAUCUGUGCGAACUCGUGGGUGUUAGAAUGGUAAAAUUCUUCUCAGGCAGUAAGCUGGAAUACCAACCAAGACAUUGUCGUAGGCAUAAAACUGAAAAGAAUUUCAUGACAGCGAUUGAAUUUUCUGCAGAGUAUCCAUACGGCGAAGCAGCGGCACUGAUUGAUUUGAAAUCGGGUUUGGUCAAGGUGAAGAAACAAGAACUCGUGUUGGCUCUGGUGUCAUCAGCUUUUAUACUUUCUGAUAUUUUGAAAAAUGAAGGGUACGAUUCCUUGGCUGUUGGCACAGAGAUUUCGGAGGUCGACAGUGGGGCUGAAGAAAGAGAUGACUCCACCACCCAGAGCAAACCGUGCCAUGUCACCUCAUCUGUAGAUGGUGUUACAGGAUUGAGCUUGAACGAGAAUAUAGCUGAGGAUACUAAAGUGGUCGCCCCCACAGAAGGCCUGCCAUCGGCGGCUGGUUGUGGUGGAGGGUGUGGAAGUGGCUGUGGAGGCAGUUCUGGCAACGUGGUGAAAAGCAGUGGAUGUGGUGGUUGUGGUGGCGGCUGUGGUAGCGGGUGUGGUAACACGGUGAAGAGCAGUGGCUGCGGGAGCGGCUGUGGCGGCGGCUGUGGUGGGGGAUGUGGUGGCGGCUGUGGCGGGGGAUGUGGCAGCAAUUGGGCAGGAAACUCAGUCAAGAGUGGUGCAUGUGGUGGCUGCGGAGCUGGUGGCUGUGGUCCUGUGCUAUCAAAGGCAUCAGUUAAUGAGAAUGCCAACAGCAAUGCUAACUCCUGCGGUGGUCAGAAACCGGUGGAAUCUGUCAAAUUAGCUGGCGAGGUAGCUGCAGCUUGAUGUUUGUAAAUCCAUUCGUUCAUCUGUACAUAGUGUGUGCUGGUGUGUCAGUUUGUCUCUGUGCGAUUUCGUGUCUGAUGGACAACUUGAUUAAUGAACUUGGCGAUGGAGAUGAUCGCCCGGUUUCUAUUCCAUUGGGAAAAAAAGGUUGGAAGGUUGGGUAGAAAAACUAUUUCCGACCGAAAAUAUUGAAUUUACAGUGAAAGGAAUUCCCCGAGAAA